UCGCGCAUCAUUAUCGCUAGUCUGCUGGCUUGUCUGUCACUAAGCAUUCCGUCCGGUACUUGUUCGUACGUAUUCACAAAAUGUAUUGUAUAAUUGCAACUGUGGUGGCUCUCCUCUAUAUUUUUUGGGAUGUCAACUACUUCCUACGUAUAGCUUUCACUAUAGGAAUUGGAAGGCUAUUCCAGAAGAAGUGCGGUGUCCGUGACACAACCACAAUUUACGGUUUCUGCACCACGCAGGAUGUCGACAUCUUCCUGCGGCACAUGAAUAACGCGAGAUACGUCCGCGAGCUGGACUUUGCAAGGUUCCACUUCUACGAUCGCAGCGGCAUAUACAAGAACAUCGUUGCCGUCGAUGGUCACGCGUUACAAGGAGCUUCUAGCAUCAGAUACAGGAGGACAAUACCCAUUUUUACUCCAUACAAGAUUGAGACGAAGCUGGUUUACUGGGAAGAUAAGACGUUAUUCAUCGAGCAGAAGUUCAUCACGCUAAGCGAUGGCUUCGUACGUGCUGUUGUGCUAUCACGGCAAAACCUCAUCAACGUCGACUUGAACACUCUCUUCAAGGGACUCCCUGGAGCCGACCAGAAGCCAGAGUGCCCUGAAGAAAUCAAACAUUGGUUACAAUCUAUUGAGGUUUCGAGUGCCAAGUUAAGAAAGAAGGAAUAAUGUAUUUUUUAUAGAAAACUUUUUAAAUGGAAAUAAGGUGGCGGACUUGGGGUUGUCAGUAUUAAUUAUUAAAAUAAAUAAACAGCUCUUAAAACUUACCGCCACCAGAUGGUAAAAAGGACAAAACAACAUAAAUAUCGCAUUACACCGCUACAGCACUCGCUGUCACGGGCGCGGGCCAAGUUACUGUGUAAACAACCUGUACAUUAUGAACACAAAUAUGGGGUUUACUACAAGACUGAUGGCGUGAUUAACCAUAAUAUUAUGAACUUUAAAACAUAAGGACUUGAAAAUGAUACAUAUUAAGUACUUAAUUUGCUAAUCUUAAAAGUAUCUUACAAUAUAGGUACCUUUAGAAAUAUAAAUUGCUAAUUGGUGCGGAACGGUAGUGUUAUUUAUUUCAAUUACACUAUUUAUUUAUUUAAUUAAAAUGCAAGUUAUUUAAAAGGUUAAUUAAAUCACCGAAGUUAAUUACACAGAAUAAAAAAUCAACUUUA